AAAGCUCGACAAAACAAAAUGGCUGCGCGAUACGCGAAAGCUCACACACUUUUGUUUGUAUGAAUUUUUCGAAAAAACCCUUUUUAUCCUGUAUUUUUUUAAAAAUUUACAACAGAAGGUGGUACUAAAUGCUCUCAAAUAACCGGGCUAGAAAGUAUCGGCUUUAUUAGUGUUAGCUUUUAUUCAAAAACUCGAUUAUCUGGUGUGGUUUUGUGUCAAUGCACUUGUGCCAGUGAAUGUACUGUAAAUUUAAAGACUCUAUGGGACCACCAGCAUCAUCUACUCAUCCACCGCAUCAUCGAACAUGUACACCUCAUUAAAAAAUGUCCAAAUCAUCUACGCUCAUGGUUGAAAGUGCCAGAUACCUGUAUAUAUUUUUGUUAUGUUUCUUUCUGCCCGGGUGGAGUACCUCCUAUCUCCUAAUAGUAGAUGACACCUCUCUGCCAGGCGAUAUCAUAUUUAACGCGUCAGUAUUUCGAUUAGGUUCUGAGAGAACUUAUGCCAUUAACCAAAAAAGAUCUGCACCUUUUGUAUCGUCUCUUAUACAUGUAGACCCGAAAACUGGGCGAGUAUCUUUGAUAGAAAGUUUACAAUGCACCGGGAUAUAUUACCCGACUCUUUUUACUGUCCAUAUUGACUCUACUUCGCGUAGUAUUAGAGAUAUAGAUUACUAUAGCUUACCUUUAAGGAUCUUUAUCACUGGAAAAGACUGUACUAACGACCAUGCUCAAGAAGAUCUCGAAUAUUUAGAGGAGUUUGGUAAUAGGGAAAGGCGGAGCCAUAGAGCUGAUAAUGACUGGAAUCCUUUUGCACAUAUCCAUCCUAACGUUAGAGAUAAGUUAAACGAGGCGAGACAAUGGGUGUCGGAGACGUACGCUUCUUUUGCUAUCCCAACCGCCGGAAAAUGGAAGAAGAUCUGUUUGAGACAAUCUCAAUUUAUUAAUUCUAUCAUAAACUUCAUGCCUUUGACCAUUCUACAGCAUUGCAAAGUGAAGUUUCAUUACGUUAGUGACGAUAGAUUUGAAAUAGAGCAUAGUCAAGGGGAUUUGGUGGCCAGCAAAGAUGUUUGCAUCGUAGAACCUAUGUGGAAAGUCUCCAUUUUGUUCACUUCAGAAUGUAAAGGUGUCAACCUGCUUAAUUCUGAGCACCGUUUGAAGAUCGUUUAUCAUCAUCAGCAAUUUAACGACACAGAUAUAGCUAAAAGGAUCAGAAGAGAGCUCAGAAACCAGUCUCCAUUCUUUGAGCAACAUCUUUACGUCGCAAGCGUUCUGGAGGAAUGUGAAGCACCAGUUAUAGUAACCACUGUGAAAGCCAGAGAUCCUGAGAAUAGCCCCAUCACUUACUCUAUGACUAGUUUACUUGACUCUAGAACUCAAAGUAUGUUUGACAUAGACCCAAAAACAGGGGUGGUGUCAACUAAAGUCCAACUUGACAGAGAGCUUGUUGACGUUCACUACUUUAGAGUGACCGCUCUAGAUGACAGUUUUCCUCCAAGGUCUGGUACCACUAUGCUCCAAAUUAAUGUCCAAGAUGCCAAUGACCAUUCGCCAGUCUUCGAAAUGAAUGAAUACGACGCGAGCAUUAGAGAAAGUGUUAGUGUUGGCACUACUGUGAUAACCCUUAAGGCCACCGACCAGGAUAUUGGCAAAAAUGCUGAGGUAGAGUAUUAUAUUCAAAGCGUAAAUGGUGGUGGCUUAUCAAGUGAAGAAGAAGAUAACCAAGCAUUCAAGAUCGACUCUAAAACUGGAGUCAUAACCACUAGAAGCCUUUUAGAUAGGGAAACCACUGAAGUGUAUACUCUGAUUGUUGGUGCCACUGAUCUAGCUAAUCCGGCAACAACUAGAAGAUCCUCGUCAGCUACUGUGGUUAUCAGCAUUUUAGACGACAACGAUAAUUAUCCGCAAUUUUCUGAAAGAACUUACUCAGUUUCUUUAAACGAAGACAUAAACUAUACUGAGAACCCUGUGGUAGCUCAUAUCAAAGCCACUGAUAGCGAUCAAGGAAUCAACGCUGCCAUUCGAUAUGCAAUCAUCAGUGGUAACACGCAAUCACAAUUUGCUAUAGAUAGUUUAAGUGGGGACGUCACGUUAGUAAAACCUCUGGACUACGAAAAUUUACGAAACUAUCGACUGGUUAUAAGAGCGCAAGACGGUGGUAGCCCCGCUAGAUCUAACACCACUCAACUCCUAAUUAACGUCAAGGAUGUUAACGAUAAUGCUCCACGUUUUUACACAUCUCUCUUUCAAGAAAGCGUCUUGGAAAACGUUCCAACUGGUUACAGCAUAGUAAAAGUGCAAGCCUACGAUGCUGAUGAAGGUUCCAAUGCAGAAAUCAAGUACACAAUAUCUCCGAGAGACGCAACUGGCGGUACAACCGAAGAUUUGCCUUUAGCAGUAGAUUCAAGUUCAGGAUGGAUCUACACUACCAAAGAACUCGAUCGCGAAGAACAAUCGAAGUUUAUGUUUCAAGUAAUUGCAGCUGAUCAGGGGGUUCCUCCGCAGUCCGCUAGUGCAAGUGUGAUAAUCAGCGUCCAAGAUAUUAACGAUAACGAUCCGGUUUUUGAACCUAAGAUCUAUGAGGCUACGGUAGCUGAAGACGACCCACCAGGCACACCAGUUACCACCAUUACAGCAACAGACGCUGACGAAGACAAUAAGCUGCAUUAUGAAAUUACCAAUGGAAACACCAGAGGUAGGUUCGCCAUCACUUCACAAAACGGAAGAGGAUUAAUUACUGUCGCGCAACCACUGGAUUAUAAGCAAGAAAAACGAUAUAUAUUGACUGUGACAGCAUCGGACUCUGGCAGUCGUACAGACACCGCAACUAUAUACGUAAAUGUGUCUGACGCUAAUAACUUUGCACCAGUUUUCGAAAAUGCCCCAUAUUCAUCUAGUGUUUAUGAAGAUGCAAUUGUUGGUACCACUGUGCUGGUUGUCAGUGCCACAGAUAACGAUGUGGGGUUAAACGCGCAAAUAACAUAUACACUUGGGGAGGAUAGUACCUCAGAUUCGACUUUUACAAUUAAUCCACAAACGGGAGCGAUAAUAACCAUGAAACCAUUGGAUCGAGAGACUACCCCUGGGUACUUGCUGACUGUUACAGCUAGAGAUGGAGGAAACCCUCCUAUGUCAGAUACUACUGAUGUCGAAAUAUCUGUGACUGAUGUUAAUGACAACUAUCCGCAGUUUAAACAGCCUGCUUAUUCAGGAACUGUAUCUGAAGAUGCUUUGGUUGGUACUUCAGUAGUUCAAGUGGCUGCCACUGAUGCAGAUGUUGGCUUGAACGGGAGGAUCCGAUACACUUUAAGCGAGAAAGAUCAAGAAGAUGGUUCCUUUGUUAUUGAUCCGGCUAGUGGGGUUAUAAGAACUAAUAAAGGAUUGGAUCGAGAAUCUGUGUCAUUUUAUGAACUAGAGGCCUAUGCUAUUGAUAGAGGUUCUCCCACACUAAGCAGCUCUGUUCCAGUUACUAUACGGAUAGAGGAUAUUAAUGAUUCACCUCCAGCAUUUGCCUCGGAUAAGAUCGUGCUUUACAUACCUGAGAAUAGUCCCAUAGGUUCUACAGUAGGAGAGAUCUACGCCAAAGAUCCUGAUGAGGGUGUUAAUGCUAUUGUUCAAUAUUCGAUCAUCGGUGGUGAGGACGCACAAAGUUUUUCUUUGGUAACCAGACCAGGAUCAGAUAAAGCAGAACUGUUAACCAUGACUGAACUGGACUAUGAAACCUCUAAAAAGAAGUAUGAUAUUGUUGUCAGAGCUGCUAGUCCUCCACUAAGAAGUGAUGCUCAUGUAGAAAUUAUCGUUACAGAUGUAAAUGACAAUGCGCCAGCUUUAAAAGACUUUUACGUAAUCUUUAACAAUUUUAAAGAUUGUUUUCCCACAGGACCUAUAGGGAAGGUGCCAGCGUUUGAUGCAGACGUCUCUGAUAAGCUUCAUUUUAAAAUCUUAUCGGGUAACAACGCCAAUUUAGUUGCACUAAAUGAAUCGACUGGGCAGUUGGUUUUGUCUCCACAACUGAACACAAACGUUCCUAAACUGGCUUCCAUGGAAGUUUCCGUGAACGAUGGGGUAAAUGAAGUUAAAGCCGUGAUGCAACUGAGCGUUAGACUGAUUACCCAAGAGAUUCUUCACAAUUCGAUUACCAUAAGGCUUAAUCAAAUGACCCAAGUGGCCUUUUUAUCUCCUUUGUUAAACUUCUUUAUCGAUGCUUUAGCUGCCAUAAUUCCAUGCCCAAAGGAGAAUAUUUUCCUGUUCAGCAUACAAGAUGACACAGACGUGACCUCAAAGAUUCUUAACGUUAGUCUUUCAGUUCGGAGACCUGACACACCUAAAGAAGAAUUUUACUCCCCACAGUUUCUUCAGGAGCGAGUUUACUUGAACAGGGGCAUCCUGGCGCGGUUAUCCACUGUACAAAUCCUACCCUUUGAUGACAACUUAUGUGUAAGGGAACCCUGCUUGAAUUACGAAGAAUGCCUUACUGUCCUUAAGUUUGGUAACGCCUCAAGUUUCAUACACAGCGACACAGUUUUAUUCAGACCUAUAUAUCCAGUAACAACCUUUACCUGUCAAUGCCCCAAAGGCUUCACAGGUUCACGGGAACAUUAUCUAUGCGAUACCGAAGUAAACUUGUGCUAUUCAUCGCCCUGUAAGAACGAUGGCGUGUGCAAAGUAAAAGAAGGCGGUUAUACUUGCGUGUGCCCAGGCAAUUUUACCGGAGAUAAUUGCGAAAUGAAAAUAAACGAAGACACAUGCAAACCGACUACGUGCCAAAAUGAUUACAGUUGCAUUCCGAAGCAGGGAAAGAAUGGGGGGUUCGUUUGUGAGGAUUGUUCUUUUGGAAUGGAGAAAGAGCAUUACACGGCGACCUGUCAGCUGAAAAGCAGAAGUUUUUCCAAGUCGUCGUUCUUAACUUUCCCCAGUUUGAAGCAGAGGCACCGUUUGCAUCUAAAACUGAAAUUUGCCACUCAAGAUCGUAACGGUUUGCUGUUGUACAAUGGAAGAUAUAAUGAGCUGCAUGACUUUAUUGCUUUGGAAGUGGUGCAUGGAAAUGUGCAAUUCUCGUUUUCUUUAGGUAGUUCUGCUACAAAAGUCAUCGCCUCCAUACCUGGUGGGGUCUCUGAUGGCAAGUGGCAUAGUGUAACCGUAAACUAUUUUAAUAAAACAGCAACUUUGUCCAUUGACGACUGUGACGCUCAGUUAGCCUUGAAACAUGGAAGAACUUUGGGCGGAAAGUGGGCUUGCGCUAGCUUUGUGGAACACACUUUAGAAGCACGUUGUGCCUCCUUGACUGAGACUUGCCACAGAUUUCUUGACCUCACCGGCCCUUUGCAACUGGGAGGGCUGCCAUCAUUAUCGGAAAAAUUUCAAACCCAAAAUUUCCACUUUGCGGGAUGCAUAUCGGAUUUACAAGUGGAUCAUAAGUUUGUUGAUUUGAACUCUUUUGUCACUGAUAAUGGAACGACCAUUGGUUGUCCGGAGAAACGCUCAUUUUGUUCUACUGCUCCCUGUAAAAACGGUGGCACUUGCAUUGAAGGCUGGGGAGUAUUUAAGUGCCUUUGUCCAGAUACAUAUGGAGGUCGGGAUUGUACUGAAAAAAUUGGACUUCCUUGGCACUUUGCUGGGGAUGGAACGUUGUCUUUCAACCCUUUGCUGCGCCCUAUACAAUUGCCUUGGCUAAACGCCCUCUCUAUAAGGACCAUGCAGGAGGAUUCAUUUCUGAUGUCCAUCCAAGUGGGGCAAAACAGUUCUGCCGUGAUGCUAUUGCAUAAAGGAUAUUUAAUGUAUGUUUAUAAUGGGGAGGCUUUGAGUUUAAACUCAAUGUAUUUAAGCGACGGAGAAUGGCAUCAUGUAGAAGUAUCUUGGAUCGGCACUGAAAUACAUUUCGCUAUAGACCAUGGGGAGUAUCAGGCUGUAAUGCCUUUCUCUGAAAAGAUCCAGGGACUCUAUGUUGGUAAAAUACUUAUUGGGGGGCCAGACAAUACUUAUACCAGUCUAAACGCUGGCUAUAACUAUUUGGAUGGGUGUAUUCAGGAUGUAAGGAUCGGGAAUCAGCAAACGACACUAACAAGGCCUACGGUUAAGGAAAACGUGGAAGAAGGUUGUUAUUCCUUAAUGGAAUGCCAAAAUCAAUGUCCUAACGAAGCCCAGUGCACGGUUACAUGGGGCAAGUCUCAAUGUGACUGUAACGAAGGAUACGUCGGAGCCCUGUGUGUACCAGUAUGCUCAGUAAGUCCAUGCGAAAAUGGUGCCGCCUGCGAAUCCAACCUCCUGGAUCCAAGGGGGUACCAAUGCAAAUGCAACUCAAGCGAAUACUCAGGGGACUAUUGCGAAGUUAAGCAGACACAACCCUGUCCAGCCAGCUGGUGGGGCUAUCCGGUGUGCGGUCCAUGCGAAUGCGACGUCAAAGCGGGAUAUAAUCCAGAUUGUGAUAAGAAAACCGGGAAGUGUCACUGCAGAGAAAACCAUUAUCAACCGAAAGGGUCGAACGAGUGCAUUCCGUGCGAUUGUUACUCAGUGGGGUCGUUCAGUAGCCAAUGCGAUCAUGAGACUGGAAGUUGUCGAUGCAGGGAGGGCGUAAUUGGACAAAAGUGCGAUUCCUGUCCGAAUUCGUAUGCUGAAGUUACACUGAAGGGAUGUGAAGUUAUUUACGAUGGUUGUCCAAGGUCCUCAGCAAAUUCAAUAUGGUGGGCAAGAACGCUUUUUGGACAGGAAGCAAUAGAAAGCUGCCCCAAAGGUGCCCACGGAAAAGCUUCUAGAAAAUGUGAUAACGAGUUAGGGGGAUGGCAGGAGCCGGAUAUGUUCAAUUGUACUUCCGAACGGUUUUUGGAACUGCGAGAACAACUUGCGAAAAUCGAAAUUGGGGAGCUGUCACUGAACACUUUUGUCGCCAUUAAGCUGGCUCACGAUUUAAAAAAGGCGACUAAUGCAACUAGGGAGCUUUACGGGGCCGACGUAUUGAUUUCUUAUGAUUUGAUUAAGGAACUGUUAAAUUAUGAAUCUAGGGUGCACGGCCUCAAUUUGACCCAUAGCCAAGAUAAGGAUUAUAUCAGCAAUGUGGUGCAUUCGAUUAAUAUUAUCUUGGACACCAAGUAUGCUGGUCAUUGGGAGAGGAUUAAGGAGCUUACGGGAGAAGGCGUGGAAAAUUUAGUGAGCUUUUUGGAGAAAUAUAUCAAUAUCUUGUUGGAGAGCCAGCACGAUACCUAUACUAGCCCGUUUGAAAUUGUUUCACCUAAUAUGGUUCUAGGAUUAGAUAUUGUUACCCCAGAGUCUCUUUACGGGUACGAACCAGAAAUGGGCCUUCCAAGUUUGCCCAAUGGACAAUCAUACACUACUGAAAGCAUCAUUCUACCGGACACCUCUCAAUUUUUGCAAGAAAAUAAAAUAUCCCAAGUGCAAGGCCCUCUUGUGGGCUUUCCCAAGUACAACAAUUACCUCCUGGACAAAUCGAAAUUCGAUAAAAAUUCCAGGGUGCAUAUACCCUUAGGUCUUCUAGGAAUAAACCCCUUGGAUAACGGAGAGGUUUUAACAAAGCACAGUUUACCAGGAGAUGGCGCUAUAGUCAGCUACAUCCAGUACAGACAAGCCGGAAACCUCUUACCCAAAAGAUACGAUGAAUCAGUUUUAAGAAGAUGGGGUGUGGAUAUAACGAUCGGAUCACCGUUAAUGUCCAUCGGUGUCCUGGUGCCGGAAUACGUAGACGCUAUUGAGCCAUCUAACGAGCACGAUCUAAGCCAUAUAAAACUGCCGGAGAUCAUUAUGCCGGACGAUAAGUGGACUAAAAAGAUUUUCGUCGAACCGGAGGUGAAGAUUCAUGAAAACGAUCCGCAGUAUUUGAGAUCGAGGACCAGGAGAGACAGGAAUCUGAGGAAAAAGCUGUUGUAUAAGAGUUUAUCCGGGAUUCCACUAAAACAGUCUAUUCGGUUGCAGUUGUGGCUGAAUUCUAGCGAUACGGUAUUUAAUGAGAGAUCGAAUCCGCAGUGCGUUCAUUGGUCUACAGCCAGAGGAAUUGGAGAAUGGUCACGAGUGGGUUGCCGCACAGAAUUAGACGAUAACUGGUAUAACUUUGACGAAAACUGCAUCAUUAUCAAUUGCAGUUGCAAUCACUUGACAACGUUCGCUGUAUUAGUUGAUAUUGUGGACUUAGAGUAUAUUCCGGAACCGUCGCUUCUCGAAGAUCUCUCGAGCUACAGUUGCUUCUCCGUCUCGCUGCCUUUACUCUUAGGAACUUACCUGAUUUUGGCACUUAUACGGGGACUUCAAACAAAUUCGAACACAAUCAGAAAGAAUUUGGUUUUGUGCGUUUUUUUGGCGGAAUUACUAUAUUUCGUGGCCCUAAAGGCUCGCAAACACAUGGUCUCCGUUGAAUUUUCGUGUAAAUUAGUGGCCAUAGGGCUACACUACCUUUGGCUGGCCUCGUUUUCCUGGAUGCUGGUAGACGCUAUUCACUUGUACAGGAUGCUAACUGAAAUGAGAGACAUCAACCACGGCCCAAUGCGGUUUUAUUAUAGCUUGGGAUAUGUCGGACCUGCUGUAAUUGUUGCUUUGGCUGUUGGCGUUAGGGCCCAUCAGUAUGGAAAUUAUUAUUUCUGUUGGGUUUCCCUUUACGAAAGCGUCAUCUGGAGUCUGGUAGGGCCAACUUGCCUCCUAGUCUUCGUCAACCUCUGCAUUCUGCUGUUAUCAAUAAGGGCCGCCUUCACCAUCCAAGACCACGUGCUGGGCUUCGGAAAUCUUCGCACACUGCUAUGGGUCUCCGUAAUAGCCUUGCCGCUGUUAGGAAUAACGUGGGUGCUAGCCUUGCUGGCAGGGUCAGAACGUCACCCGUUACUAAUGCCAUUCUUGUCGUUGGCCGUCUUGGUGCAUGCCGCCUUCUCGUUGGCUGGAUACUGUUUUGCUAAUAGCCGAGUACGGCAGAACCUCUUGAGAACCUUUAUGAGAUGUAUGGGUAAAAAAGUGCCUUUAUUGGAUACACAUUCGGUCGCAGGGGUGCCCAGUACCAGCAGUCAAAAUAUAGCCGCGCAAUCCCGCAGCGCUUUGGCGUACCAUUCCGGUUUGGAUCCUACCAGAAGGAAUAUAGGGAUUUCUACGUCUAGUACCACCUCUAGGUCGACUACGAAGACUAGUUCUAGUCCUUAUAGGAGCGACACUCAACUUAGACACACGUCUACGUCCACGUCGAAUUAUAACUCGAACAGCGACGUGCCUUCUUAUUUGAGAGGGUUUGAACACGAGGAGAGGAGAACUAGGAGGAGGGACAGGGGCGGAGAUGGAGAUGUGGCAGAAGGACGGGAACGUGGCGACAGCGAUUCAGAUAGUGACAGCGAAGGACGAAGUCUAGACCUGGCCUCGAGCCAUUCCAGUGACGAUGAUGAAUCGAGCACCAGAAGACACCAUGGCAGAAGCCAUAUUUCCAGGCAAGGUUAUCUUCCCAAUAUAACUGAACACGUGGUGUCUAGAUGCGGAACGCCGCCAUCUUUAAACGUGGUGACCAAUUCUCAGUUAUUUCCUGCGGUACAGCCGACUUAUGGGUCUAGAUGGGCCAGUCAGCUGCCGGAGUCGUACCUUCCAAAUACUCAUGUUCCUGAAGUAGGCCGCUGGUCAGCCGAAACGGGUUCCGACAACGAAUUUUUGAACAAAACCAACUCGCCUAACCCGCUGCCCAAUCCGGACGUCACCCCCGAGACUUGUCUGCGUACCAUCGAGUCCGAACAGUACAUGGUACAGGCCCACUAUAAUAAUCAUUACAACACGAAUUUUAAAGGAGACUACAUGCCCAAAAUUAUGCCCCACGAUAACUUGAAUUAUCAGGAGUACGAUCGGUGUUCUGAGAUCGAAGAGAAACACCAUAAUAUGAACGAUAAAUAUUUGUUUCCUUAUACUGCUGAAGAAGAUCAUAUGUUGCCUCCACACAACUAUUUGCCCCAUACUAUGCCCCCUUCUCAACCGGGAAGUCGCCUCAUGUCUCCUGUUAACAACGAUAUCAAUAAUAUGGAAUAUCACGGAUCUACCGUCGGUUCUAGGAUAGCAUCUAGAAUAGGUUCGACCCUUGGUUCGGUACAUGGUUCUGUAUGCGGGAGCCUCAGAGAGUCACCGUCGCCCCUAAUGCCUCCCGUUUCUAUGAGUUAUUCGGGAAUGCCUCCGGAGCCAACUUCAUGGUGUUGGGAAUAUACUGUUAACAAAUAACCCUCGUUGAAGUGGAGGGCGAAGGAGAAAGAGGAAGAAACGUCGGUAUAGGUAUAUUUUUAGAACGUUUUUAAGUGAAUUGCAUAUUGAGAUAUGAAGUAAGUUCAAUACCAAAACGUGCUUUUUCCUGUAUAAUUAAUAUAUAAGAUAUUUUGUGGUUAGGUAAUAUUAAGAGUAUAAAAAGCUUUGCAGUAUUUGAGCUUUAAGAAAAAUGCACCUUUUUUAGCAGUUUUUGUGAGUAUAAAUAGAUUUAAGGAGUGUAAAGAAAUAAUAAUGUACAUACUUUAGCUCAACAUAACCGAAAUAUACAAUAACCAUGCCACACGGAAUAAUAUUCUAAAAACUUCUCAAGUAUGCUCAUCAUAUUUUUGCUAAAAUUUCAUAUUUCUUGACGUAAUUUCGAAAGUGAUCUCGAGUAUUUUUCUAAAAUUUCGAUGUGCUUAGAUUCGUUACUUUCCACCUACUUAGGAAUUAGUGAAUUUGUGGUAAUUUCUUCUAAAAAUUAAAGACUAUAUUUAAGAUUUAAUAUGGUAAGUGCGAAUAGGCCAAAGCAUUUAGGAAAAUGUUGUAGGUGUUCACAUAAAUCUUCCAUUUGUGCUUAUUGAUGGAGUUAAAAUAAUAUUGUGCAAAAAGUUGCCUCUUUAUCUCUGGCCUGGUACCAACUUUUCUUUAACUUGAGUUUCAUAUGUGACCUAAUAGUUGCUUUGGGAUAUCUCUAAUCUAUACUUAAGAGUUACUCAGAAUUUUUUUUGAGUAGCAAGUAUCAGCAACCAAGGGAGAAAGAGUUUAAGCACUUUGAUCUUGAAACCGUUUAUUUAAAAUUAUCUCAAAAUUUAGACUUUUUAUUACCAGAUUGUUACGCCCCCCACUAUACACCUUCAAUGGGCACAGAAAAGCAAAAAUUUCUCAAUAACUGUGUGGCUAAUUCCUAAAUACCUUGGUUUAUUUUUUUGUUUGCAUUGUGUCAUUUGAGUCUAACUAAAUGCCAUUUAUACCUAAAUGAUAUUAUCGUAGGUAGCAAAAUAAACUAAUAAAUACUAAGAGUGAAUAAAAAUAUAGGCAAACCGUAGUAAUUUAUUAUAGACACUGUAGAUUUGUUUGCUAACAGAGGAGAAGAAUUGAAGACUUAUUUUCGUAACAAAUAUUCCAUUUUUUAUUUUAAAAAUAUUUUGCAUAAAAAACGACAUGUGCCUGAAUAAGCUUUCGUAGGUUCGUUUUGUAAAUAGGUACUUUUUAAUAGGAUCUCAUUGUAGUAGGUUAUAAUAUGUUCGGUUUAUUCAAAAAUAAAUAAAUAUAACUUAUAUAUAUAUAUUUAUUAUAAUAUACAAAUAAGACACACCUUAAUACUGCUUCAACAUAUUUAUAAGUAUUGUUUUGUAACGAUCCAUUCCAUUUUUUUGUAGAUUUCUCUUUAGUACAACCUAGUUUUAGUUUAGUGUACUUAAGUUUUGUAAAACAUUCCAUUGUGUUAGUGAUCCCGUACUUUUGUAUGAUUUUUAUUUGACUGUGCAAUUUUUAUACUCGUUUUUUAUACUAUACGAUUUUUUAUAUUGUGAUUUCUUGGAAUAUAGUCCCAGUGAAGUAUUUUAAAAAAUGGUGUAUUUUUUGUUCCUAUAAGUUUUUUAUAAUUAGAAAAU